AUUUGCAACCAACAUAAUGCUGAAGCUCCCAACUUGGAACAAAUAUUUCACAGAAUGGCACAAACAGAACCUAAUCUGGACCAUGAUGUGUCAUGGUUCCUCCUCCCAUCAUACUGGGCUAAAAUGGUUGUGGCAUUAAUUUCCUUCCUCUGUUUUGCUAACAGCUAUGAUGGAGAUUUUGUCUUUGAUGAUUCUGAAGCCAUCAUCAAUAAUAAGGACCUCAGGGCAGAAACUCCACUUGGUGACCUGUGGCAUCAUGACUUUUGGGGUAGCAAACUCAGUAGCAAUACCAGUCAUAAGUCAUAUCGACCACUGACUGUCCUGACUUUCAGAAUUAAUUACCUUUUUGCUGGAGGCUUCUACCCAGUUGGUUUCCAUGUCAUCAAUAUAAUACUGCAUUGUACUAUCUCAGUGUUGAUGGUUGAUGUGUUCUCGAUAUUAUUGGGAGGACUGCAAUUCAGUAAUAAAGGAAGAAGGCUAAACCUGGCUCCAAAGACAUCUCUUCUAGCUGCUUUGCUGUUUGCUGUACAUCCAGUGCACACCGAAUGUGUUGCUGGGAUUGUUGGCAGAGCAGACCUACUCUGUGCCCUGUUCUUUUUGUUGUCAUUCCUUGGCUACUGUAAAGCAUUUAGAGAAA